CACCGCGAGGCCACACCUGGGCCAACCACACCACUCAAGGCCACAGCUGGGCCAGCCACACCACCCAAGGCCACAUCUGGCCUGGCCAUAUCAUCUACAGCCACAACUCUGCCCACCACCACAUCCCAACUGAUGGCAGAGAAAGACUCAGGGCCAGGUGGGCAGCCAGCGAAGCCAGCAUCUCAAGAAGUUUCCACUCCCUCCCAGCCAAGGGGAGAGGGGUCCCCCUCAGAGGCCACUAGGCUGCCCACACAGGGAGCCCACUCAUCUCCAGCCCUCCCACCAAAGACAUCUCCUGGUGGAGGAGAGGUGCCAUGUCUCUACAAGCCCCACUGCCACCAGAGCAGCCUCAGCCGUGAGGUUGCUGUGGUGAUGCCCACCCUGGCCAGAGGAGGGGCUGCAGGGCCAGGGGAGCCCGUAGAGGUGAAGGAGCCCCCAGGGCUGCCAGCCAAGCCCUCUGCCUCAGCCCAGCCCACUGAUGAACUCCUCAGGCACCCGGUGACUGGGGAGGUGGUGGAGCGGGGCUCACCGAUGGCCCUGCUCCUGGCGGCCAGGCAGAGGGCGCAGAAGGGGAGACCUGGAGGGGCUGCCCUGGGUCGGUCCUCUCUGCCAGGAAGUCUCCGUGACCACAGCCACCAAGCCGAGGUCAGCUCUGACAGCAUCUUCCACAGCCAAGGCAGGCCCAACUCCUUCACUGUGGUGCCCAAGUUACCCAAGGAAGCUGAGAAGGACUCCCUGCUGACGACCGAAAUACCCAAUAAGUGGGGGCCGCGGCCGGGAAGAGACGCAGAGGGCACAGAGCCGAGCCGCAGGCACAACUGGACAAAGCCGGAGCCCCAGGCCCCUGUGGCCUGGGAAAGAGCUGCUACCUCCAACCUCCCCCAGGGCCACCCGCUGCCCAAGUCCUUCUCCUCUCCACCUUCUCCUUCGUACAAGAGAGAGGAGGAGGAGGAGGAGUUCAACUUCGAGGUCAUCCCACCGCCGCCAGAGUUCAGCAAUGACCCUGAGCCCCCGGCCCCGGCCCUCCAGUAUCUGGGCCGCCGGAGCUCCCCUCCCCGGAACAACUACUCAGACUUGGGGCAGCCCCCGAACGCUGGCCCCGGGGCGCCCCCGGCUCUCGGCUUCUCGCGCUUUCCCGUGGGCGCGAGCUACGCCGGGGCUGGGGGCCUGGAGCGCUUCUCGGGAGGGGGCCGCUCGCUCAUAAAGAAGCGCCUGUACGUCGGGGAGCCGCACCGCGGCCCAGGGAUGCCCCGCGGUGGUACAGGCCGCAGCCUGAGCCCUCCCAACUGCUUCCGGCCGCAACCCGGAGGCCCCGAGAUGCGGCGCGUGAACUCGGCGGGUCGCGCGCCCCCCGGAGGCCUGCAUGCAAGGAGGCUGUCCCUGGAGGGCGCCGCCCGGGGCGCCGCGGAGACCAAGCACAAAGCGCCUGGCAGCGCCCCAGCUGCUGGCAGGUCUCCCCACACCACCACCCGCUAUGGAAGCCCCAUCAACACGUUCACCGUGAGGCCUGGGACCCGCCAUCCCAUCUCCUAUGCCUGCUCAGGGGCCCAUUGGAAAGCCACCUCCUGAGCCAGGGGUUCUCUUAGCUCUAUUCCAACAAACUGUGUCCUUAAGGAUCUGGGCACUUGUUUCUUGUGGGGGGUGGGAGGUACACAGCAGCUGUUAGGCGACCUGACUCAGACACAGAGGAGUCUUUGAUCCCCAAAGACCAACGAUGAGAAGCAGUGGCCCAGGAAGAUCAAGAGUGGGCUUCUGUUUCCCAAAGCCUGAUGUGGCUGUGGACUGUACAUAUCGGGGGUGGGAGGGGAAGGAGGUUAGAGAGGAGGAACCAUUAAGGACCUGGGCGCUGAGUUUCUGCUCUCUGGUACUAUCUGCUUUAGCAAGAGUUAUUUAAAACAGUUUUACAAGCACGGCCUACUGAGCAGGUUCUGAAAACAAGGGGUGGGUCACUAACUCUGAACUGGAACCCAUCGAGAUAGCUGUGAUUGUCUCUCAGGCCCUUGCAAAGGGCUGAUUCCCAGCUCUAUCCUGGUGGGUGUGCAGGGCACCGAAGGGAGAGCUUUAGCCUCCAUCACCUGCCAUCCCAAGCAAGAGUGGACACCUGGGGUUCCUAGGCGCGUUGAGGUGGGACCAGGAAUGUGUAUGUAUAACACAUGGAGAAGGACCAUGUGUAGGGUGGGGAGAGAAGCUCCCACAUGUGGAAUGGAAGCGCUUUGCAUUGGCCAAGGGCAGAGGUGGGAGAUUGAUGGUUCAUUUCUCCUUGGCUCUGGCCCUUAGCUACGGGGAAGCCUAGAGAGAGGACACUUGGCAAGUUUAGGAUGGGAAGCAGGGUUAAGCCUGACUGUGCUAUUCAGACCUGUGCAGCCCUGAUUUUGGGGAUUGGGCCCAAGGAGCCGUGAGUCUUUGGCUUGACACUAGGGGCUUUACAUGGCCAGGUCUCAUAUGGGAUUUGGAGAGGGCAUUUUUCCUAACACUGAUACUACAAGUCACCAAUACUACUGAUGCCUUAAGAUGCUAGAAAGCCUUGGAGAGCGGAGGCAGCAGAGAUGGGAAUGGAGGUCUGAAGAAGCUUGCCGCUGAAGGGGAGUGUGUUUGGGAAAGUCAAGAGUGGUAGGAUUGGUUGGCCGGGUGCAGUGACUCACACCUGUAAUCCGAGCACUUUGGGAGGCUGAGGCUGGUGGAUCACUUGAGGUCAGAAAUUCGAGACCACCUUGCCAAAAUGGUGAAACCCUAUCUCUACUAAAAAUAUGGGGGGGAAAAAGGGUGCUAGGAUUGGGCCAGUUAAGAUCAGGGGAGACCUGGCCGGGCACAGUGGCUUACGCCUGUAAUCUUAGCCCUUUGGGAGGCUGAAGUGGGUGGAUCACGAGGUCAAGAGAUUGAGACCAUCUUGGCCUACAUGGUGAAACCCCGUCUCUACUAAAAAUACAAAAAUGAACUGGGCAUGGUGGUGUGUGCCUGUAGUCCCAGCUACUCGGGAGGCUGAGGCAGGAGAAUCGCUCGAACCCGGGAGGCAGAGGUUGCAGUGAGCCGAGAUCGCGCCACUGCACUCCAGCCUGGUGACACAGCAAGACUCCGUGUCAAAAAAAAAAAAAAAGAGCAGGGGAGACCUAUUAGUAUGGUGACCACGUGUCCUUUGCCUGGGCAGUCUAGGUUUAUGCUUGUUUUCCAGUGAAUUAGACCCCCUUCCACUUCGCAAAAAAGUCCUGGUUUAGAUGCUAUAAUCACCAAACAUACCAGGAAGCAAUAUUCCUGGGUCUUGCUUCCCUAUCUUCAGGUCUUGGUGGGCCAAAUUCUUGGGACCAGACCAAGGUGGCCUGCCUCAGUAAGAAGGAAGGACUGAAGAGUGGCCCAUUUCAGAGAAGCAGGCUGGUGGGGGCCAGCCAGAAAGUAGUUCCCUUUUGGGGAAGAUGUUGGACAUUUAUUCCUUGUGGUAACCAGCCUAGGCACUGUGUUGUCAGGACAGCAGGUGAGCCACUUUAGGGAAGAAAGUGCAGGGGUGGGUGGGUGCCCAGAUGACCAACGCCAGCCACCAUGAUGGGGUAGGGCCUGGUUAUCUGUGUUCAAGAAACGAAUCCCACCCCAGCGCCAGCACUAGCUUUCUCUAUAUGUAUGUAUUUUCCCUGUACAAUGUUUUAUAAAAGAGAUCACUAAUUUAUCUGCUGUGCUAAGGCCUGAGGAGUGAUGUCUAGACUCUCAACUGUAUAUUGCUCUGGGGUGGGCAGAGAAGACUGAGUCUCACUUGACUUGGAAAAUAAACGGCCAGUUUGGACUGGCCUCCAGCUC